UUUUGGUGGUCCGGGAGAGCGUCAACUUUUGGUGAAUGAAAUGCUUGGUUCCACUGAUGAAAAUGAGCCCUUACAGGCCAUGAUGAAAGAUCCCUUCGGAAACUAUGUUGUGCAGAAGGUUCUUGAGACCUGUGAUGAUCAAAGCCGUGAAUUAAUUCUCUCUCGCAUCAAGGUCCACUUGACUGCACUGAAGAGGUACACUUAUGGUAAACAUAUCGUUUCACGUGUUGAAAAGCUCAUCACAACUGGAGAGAGGCGCAGUGGGUUAGCAUCCUCGUAUUUUUCUUGAGGUAAUCCCAAUUUGGAAAAGAAGACAUCUUUGUUAUUAUUUUCUACGUGGAGCUUCUAAUAAUUGUAAAUAAACACGAAGUUCAAUUCUCCUGUUGGAAUACGAUUUGCUUGUCUAUUUUCUCUAUGUAUGUUCGGCUUGCAAUUUGUAAUUUCACGGUUGAGUCAUAAUAGGAUUAUUCUUUUUUGAUGUACAUUUUUAAGGUUCAGUCUGUAAAUAAAAAAAUAAAACAAGUGUAAAUGGUCAAUUGCAUUGGGUAAAGAGAUGUGGUAGAGUUCUUGUUAGGUGGAAGUUCAUGAUGUUCAGAACAUAAUUUAUAUGUAAAUAUACUACAAUUUUCUUC